AUGUGAUCUAGAAAAUGAAGAACUAAAAAACAUAAGGGUAAAAUAGUAAUUUGAUUUUAUUGGUCUAUCUAAUUGAAGAUGAUGCUUGCGGUGGAAGAACGGUUGACACUUUCCUGAAUUUAAAUAUCUUCUUCCUCACACUUCCUACCUUACAAUUACAUACAUACACAUUAUAUAUUCACUCAUCAUAAAUAAAUAAUAAUCUCUUAUCCUCUUUCACCGAUCAUAAUUAUCCAUUCCUUUAUUUCCAGAUCCUAAUUUUCCACACGAUCUAUACUUAUUAUGCACCAAUAAUUAUUAAAUCACAUAAAAAAUAUAACGAGAUCGCUGAUUCAUCUUUCAAGGUUUUAAUGGAUAAAAUGGUUUCUGUGAAAGGACCAGCUAUGUGCAGUGUUCCUAUCAUGUCUAUGAUUGGACCAAUCAACGCUGGUUGUAGUAGAACUGAAUUUUGGGGAUUUUCUGCAACUACCAAAAUCAAGCCAAAUUCUCUUUCUUGCCAUGUAAAUAUGAGAAAGUGUAAAACUGUCAAUUGCAGUUUCAACUCAUCUUCAAAUGGUAGUGGAAGUAUGGCUGAGAAUUUUAAUGAAAAUGAUGAAGAUUAUGUUAAUUCUACUAUUCUUGAAGCAGUUGAGGUGAAGAGUGGAGCAGAUGGGUUCGUAGUCAGAAUGAGGGAUGGUAGACACUUGCGAUGCAUCCAUAACAGCCCGCACGGAGGACUACUUCCAGAUUAUGCACCGCAUCCUGCAAUUGUGUUGAAGAUGGAGGAUGGGACUGGUCUACUUCUCCCCAUAAUUGUUUUGGAGAUGCCAAGUGUCCUCUUAAUGGCAGCAGUUCGUAAUGUUCAAAUAGCUAGACCUACUUUAUAUCAAGUAGUGAAGGAGAUGAUUGACAAGAUGGGUUAUGAAGUCCGAGCCGUGAGAGUUACUAAAAGAGUUCACGAGGCGUAUUUUGCUCAGCUAUAUCUUUCCAAGGUUGGAAAUGAGUCAGAAUGUAUGAGCUUUGACCUUCGACCUUCUGAUGCUAUCAACAUUGCCGUCAGAUGCAAGGUGCCUAUACAAGUCAACAAGUAUUUGGCAUACAGUGAUGGAAUGAGAGUAAUUGAAUCAGGCAAACUGUCAACUCAGUCCCCUGGUUCAGAUGGCCCAUUAUUUACUGAACUGGAUCGACCAAAUGGUAAGCCUUGUGUUGAAACCAAGGAGUUCAAUCUUUUGCACAACAUGUUGCAAGCUGUUGUAGAAGAGCGCUAUCAAGAUGCUGCUUUGUGGAGGGACAAACUUAAUCAAUUUAGGGCUGAAAAGAAAGCUAAUAACAGAUCCUGGACACUCUAAAAUUGUAUAUAUAAAGAUCCAGCAUUGGAAUGUCGACGGGAAUUGGAAGAGCAGAUAGCUGUCUACCUUUCGCUUCUUCCCUUGUGUAUACUUUUAAUAUGUUUGUGAAUAUUUGUGUGCGUGUAUAUAAAUAAAAUAUAAACAUUAACACUAAUGUAUCAGGAUAACUUUAUUAUGUUUUUCCACUGUUAAUAUGUAUUCUGGUUCAUACAUUGGAUGCAGCAUAUUGCUGAUGGUUGUGAUGUGUUAUGAGAGUUGCAGGAACUUGAUAAACAAA